GGAUCUCGUGCAGCACAGCUGGAGAAGGAAGUAUUGCCUUCCAUUCCCUCAGGUCGUCCUUUGGGAGAUUUUGUUCCUUGGAAAGAGGAUCAAGUUAACCCUUCUCCUGCUCCAGCAUUGUCUGCUGAUUCUAAGAAACUUCCUAAACCCACAUCAUUAAGGGACAUCCAAAAGGAGCGGAAUAGGAAUACCUCUGCCCAGCCCAUGAAUCCGAUAACAGCUAAUAAAUCUCAGCCAAAUCUGUCAACUCCAGUGGGUGUUUCAUCAUGGUCCAUAACUGCAUCUUCACCAUCAAAGACUGCACCUCCACUCCAGAUAAAUUCUCAUGCAUCUCAGUCAAAAUAUAAAGGAGAUGAUUUGUUCUGGGGUCCGAUUAAUCCUACAAAGCAAGAAACAAAACAAGGUGAUUUCCCAGUUCUAGCAAAUGUGGGCAGCUGGGGAACAAAAAGCAUACCUACUAAAGGAACUGCAAGUGGGUCAUUAAAUCAGCAAAAGUCAGUAGGUGGCAGGCCUAUUGAGCGGACUCUGUCCUCCCUUAAAGGGAAAAGGGAUAUGUUGACCAAGCAUUCUGAGUUGACGGAUUUCAGAAAUUGGUGUGAGUGAAUGUGCUAGGCUUAUUGGAACAAUAGGCAUGCCUAUGUGUAGGAAACAAUGUUGAUACAAGUUUCUUGGAAUUUUGUUUGAAGCAAUCUAGAUCCGAGGCUGAGAUACUUCUUGUAGAGAACCUUGGAUCAUUUGAUCCGAAUCAUGAGUUCAUUGAAAAAUUCCCCAACUAUAAGGAAUUGCUUUUCAAAGGCGACAUGACGGAAAGUUAACAGAGUUGGGAACCAAAAAUGUGAAUUCAGGCAACACUAACAUUGAGGAUUUUGACCAAGAUGUCGGAGUCAGCCAAGAUGGGUCUUUGAAGGGGGGAGGGAAGAAGAAAGGAAAGAAGGUGAGUCCGGCUGUUCUGGUAUUCAAUGUGGUCAGCAAUCGGAUUACGAUGGGUGAGAUUCAGACAGUAGAAGAUUGACAAAACUCGACUGAUUUUGAGAUGUGGGGUUAGUUGUAAAUACAUUUGGUUUUACUGUUUGUAA